AUGACCACUUCAUCUUCGGCCAACAAUACAUCAGACCAACCUCUUCCGCAACAACGACAACAACCAUCAUCCACUAGCACCCAACAUGAACUCGAAGACCUAGGUGUCAUGAGUCAAUGCAAAAACGACACUCAAGACAUUGCUCAAACUCCAAGUGGCAACCACAAUCCGAACAGCAUACCAACAACGACAACAAGUCAUCAUGAUGAUGAAACUUCCUAUCCUCAAACAACACCAAUCGCUACGACUACCACUUCCGUAGACAUUCAUAAGAGAAAAUCUAGAACUCGUUCUCUCCGAUUAUUUUCUCGAGCACUAACAACCACCACUCCUAAUACUCAAACAUUAUUUACCUUUGAUGCACCCAAUGAUGAUGAUGAUGAGGAAGAAGUCGUGAAACACUCUCGCUCGAACUCGAAACGAAAUGCUUUAAACUCAAUUAGAGUGAAAACUAUUUCCAUUCUAGCUUUAAUGUUCUUUUUAACGGUUUUAUUAUGUUUUGCCAUUCUCAUUGUUGCAUUUCAUCUCUCCUUUUCUAAAAUUGAAUAUCAAACUAUUUUACAAAGUAGUUUACGAGUAUUGCGAAGUAUUUCGGAUAAUUUUUAUGCCUUGGAAAACAAAAUUCUCGAUUACGCUCCAUGGAUUGAUACUGCCGAGUUAUUCAUCUAUAAUGGAGAGCCGAGUCGUAUUCAAGCGUAUUUUGAUGAAAACUUUUUCUGUGAACAUAUGGCUCAAGUGAAAUUAUCGUUUGUUUCAUUGUAUUAUUUAAAUGGAACUAAAUUGAAAUCAUUGGGAUGUUACAACGCAACUUUGGAAGAAGAUCUUCCUGUAGAAAUGGAUGAAUUAUAUCCAGAACAUUACUUUAUCAAGGAUAUGCACAUUUCUACGACACGAAGAUCUGCCUAUUUAUUACCUUCUGAAAGGAAUGUGAAUCAUCCGAAUGAGUUUGUCACAAUGGUUGCUGUUCCUGUCACUACUACAGAUACAGACACGAACACGUAUGGAGUCAUGGUAUUUGGAAAAUAUCAAUCGAAUGUUAUCAUUCAAGAUUUAACUGCCAAAACUCAAGUCUGUAUUUCUUUUUAUAAUCUAAAUUCAACUCUAGGAGUUCAAAUUGCUCAAUCCAUGAAAGGAAUUGAGGAUGUUUCAUCUCAAUUUGCAAAUUACAAUGCACUCACUGUUGAUGCAGAUAAUAGCACUUGGUUAUUGCAUGAUUUUUUCCAUGUUGGAACGUUUGAUUCAUCUUCGAGUUUAUUAUCAUUGGAGAGACAUUGUGACACGAGUAACAGUGGAACCAUUGAAGGAGUAUUACAAUCAGAUUCCAAUAAUGGAGAACGAAUUUCAACAUUACAAAUUUUGAAAGAUGUCUAUCAAGAAAAUACUGUCAUGAUUCGUUCUGACAUUUCUCGAAGUCUCUACACGACUGGAAUUAAUUCAUUUCUCAUUACUUGGGCAGUCAUGACAGCCAUGCUCAUUCUUCUCUCAACGGCGGUGGUCAUUUUUGUGGAGCUUGUGGUAUUGAGAAGAACUAUUCGUCUCACACACGGAGUUCUUCAAAUUACCAAUGAAUGGAAUAAUGAUAGUAAUUCUAUUACAAAGGGAGCCAAAUUACCCAAAUUUGGAAAAGAUGAAAUUGGUAAAUUAGGAUUGAGAGUGAAUUACAUGUUAUCUGUUUUGGAAAAGUCCUUUGCUCAACUUCAAAAAGAACAUGCAUUGGCACAGAGCUUACUCGAUCGAACUUCACUCGAAGAACAAAAAUACAGAAAUGUCAUGAAUGGUCUCACUGAUUUUGUCAUUACUGUGGACUCUACAUCGGGGAGAAUUAUCAAUUUCAAUGCUGCUUUUGAAAACAAAAUUAUGGGAAAAAUCAAGGAUGAAAACUCGGAGAAAAAUGUGCAAAACAAAACCAUUCAUGAGUACUUUGAAGGAAUGACUCUGGAGACCAUUCUUGAAAAAUUGGAAGAAUUAUCGCUCGAAAGUGGUGUCAAGAUUUGGGAAGUUUCAAUCGUGAAUAGGUUCAGAACUGGUGUUCCUGUUAACGUGACAUGCAGUAAGGUAAAGAUUGUCAUUCAAGAAGGAGAUAUUAUCGAUGCCUUUGUCAUGAUGGCAAGAAACAUGUCUGAUCAUCAAGAAUUGAAGAAGACCAUUCUCUCACAGCAACAACAGUUUUCUGAACAACAACAACACUUUGAAUUUGAAUAUUAUUGGAAAAAUCGAGACAUGCGUAACAAGUUGAGAAUAUUUUGCAUGAAUGAAAAAUCAUACGAAAAUUUCAAAUUCCUAGAAGAAGUGGAAUCUUACAAAAAGAUCAAACGCACUCAACACAGAGCCAACAAACAACAAGAAAUUGUUUCACAAUUUCUCACAAAAGAAAGCAAAUACGAAUUGAAUAUUUCACAAGAAGAAACGUUCAACCUCGUGAACAAAAUUAAGAAUGGAUAUGGACAGGUAGAUCUUUUUGAUAAGUUGGCCGUUGUCGUGAAGAAUAUGUUGUAUCGUGAUACCUUUCAGAGAUUCUUGAUGGAUCUUGGUAAAGAUAAUGAUACCAAUACUUCAUCUUGUUUAGAUGUGGAUGAAACGAGUACGGACACGAGCAGUUCUUCAUUCAAUAAUAAUGACUAG